GAAGGGGAAUAUGAAGAGCAAGACCAGGAAGAGGAACAGGAGCAAGGACGAGGAAAAAUCCCCACACAGGGACUUGAAACACUUCCACAACGUAUAGAACAUGAUACCCGCGUGAGAGCCCUCUGCGAGAUAUUCUUCGUCCAUGUCCAUCCGCUACGAUGUUUGAGUUUUAUCCACAAGCCCUCUUUCAUGCAGUCUUUGGAUCUGGGACGGGUUUUGGUCGAUUUCGGAGAGGCGCUUGUUUUCAUUGUUUGUGCUUUUGGGGAAAGGUCAGUUGUUGAAGUGCUAGAUGAGGAUACGGAUUAUACUGACUCAUUUUGUGCCUUGGUUCUCCUAUGCGAAUGGCACAUCCGCUUUGGCCAAGAAAGUGCAGCAUUCAUGAUGUCCGGAAUCGCAUCACGGCUUGCGCAGUUACUACGUCUUGACGCUGAACCAGCAAAGGAAAGUCUAGACGGUAUACCGAGUUCGCUCAUCGCGGCUGAGAAAGAAUCAAGACGGAGACUGGUCUGGUCGUGCUAUGUCUUAGACGUGACGAUUAGUUCCGGGGUAGACUUGAUUUCGAAUUGGCCAUCUGUACCGAGGACUCGGCUUCCCUGUUCAGCUAGAGAGUUCAUACUGCAGCUUCAAUGCGAGACGGGAACGCUUUGCGCGGAGGCUGGGGCUGUGGAUGGCGAUAAGAAGUAUAACAUUUGUCUGGAAGCGUACUUUGUGCGAAUCAUUUACCUACGCAAGCAGGUACUGCGUCUGAUUCGACAAGACAAUCCAACCACUCUAUCCGAAUUCAAUCAGCUGGUUUUAUCCCUUGAAGAAUGCGGCUCAGGUUUCCCAAGACACCUCCAACUAAACGAGACGAACGCCUACAUACAUGAAGAGAAUCACCAGCUGGCAGCUUUCUACGCCCUCCACCUCUUAUAUAACCAGUGCUUUUGCGAUCUUUACCGCGUUACACUCCCCGGCUACCGAUUUCCGUUAUCCGAUGCCAUUGCACGAGAAGAACCCGAGAGAGUGGGUAGUCUCCGUGAUCAGUGCGUUGAGCGAGCGCAAGUGCUUACAGAUAUAAUCCGUGGUGCACUAAGUCGGGGGUCAAAGGGGUUUACGGAUUCGAUUUGCUCGAUCUGUGCAUACGAGUCUACUAAGAUUCAAAUCAUCUACGCGCGGACAUGUACGGGAGAAGGAAGUGCAGGCCUGAACUUAAAGAGAAAUAUUCAGACGAAUCUGCAAGCGCUGAAUAUCAUGUUUGAGUGGGAUAAGAAGAGGGAUGCUUUGUUAUCGUCAUUGUCGAAGUUACUUCAAGAAUUUGGAUUCUCGGAUUUGGCGACAAAUUGGCUGGAUCGAAAUGGUACUAGCUUCCCUAGUAAUAAAGAAGAUGGGACACCUGAAUCAUAUCAUCUUCAUCCGCUGUCUUUGUAUCGAAUGGCGUGGAAGGAAAUCUCAUGGCCUCGAAAACCGGACACGAAUGUUAGGGUGCAAGUGCCCCAGUUCAACUCAACAAAGAGUAUGAACAUCGACUCAGAAGUGCGAAAUGAUAUUGCUGGAGGGGAUAAUUUUGCGGACAUGACCGAUCCUGCAGCUGGAAGCUCCUUCAACCUUGACGAGCUACCAACCGCUGAGACAAUGAUGGAUAUCGAUUCAUACCUGCAGAUUGCGGAUGACUUCUCGAACUAUUUGACUUGGGAUCCUUGGGACUUUGGAUAUGCCUAA